GCGUUGAAGAGCAUCAAACGAAGGACAACGCAGGAAUGGCGCUCCACGAGUCACUGUCACAGCUGCCCAGGGCUCUAUCACGGCGAUUCAAGCCAGCAUUUUCAUCCCAGCUCCCGGCAUACCGUCGCAAUGCCUCCUCCGAAUCAUCAUCUCCAUUAGACGACCUCGAACCCGCCUCGUCCUUUUCCACUCCUCCGCUCUCAGAAAAACAGAUAAAGGCAUUUGAUCCCGUGGCCAGAAGCAAGAGCCGUAAACAACAGCUACCACGAAGUCGAUACCAAUAUCGAUCCCCCAAAUAUGAUCGUGGCCCUCUUAACCCUCACAGACCUCCGCCAUCAUCACACCCAUCCUCUCGUCUUUUCGUUCCAGGGCCCUUCAGCUCAACCCGAGUGGAACAGACGUACAAUUCGACCGUAGCCUCUGAUAUUCUUACUCUCUGCUACGUACAUAAACCGCAUGGGUUCAAGGCUCCUCCACCGCCUGUACGUCUACGACAAUGGGACGACAGCUCACCAUACCAUAAGAACCGACCACUCCGUGGCCCUCGAGGCGGCGAUGUGUUACGCCUGCUUCGGAAACCAAUUACUUUUAACAGCGUCCCUGAAUUGUCGGGCAUAACGGUCCACUCGUACGUCAAGGAUGCUGUGGCGCAUGGGUCAUCCUAUCUGCACGUAGCUGGUAUGGCACUGCAGGCCAUCACGAACGUAAGAGUUAAGACACACAAAGUUAAGACGGGUGUGCCUAAAUGGGGGUUGAUUGCAGGCACCAAGCACGUUGCUGCCACCGCGGAGCUGAAGGGAGAAGACAUGUACCAUUUCUUCAGCAAGUUGGUGGAUGUCGUUAUGCCCAAGUUUAAAGACUGGAAGGGGGUGAAAACUACCAGUGGUGACGGCAGCGGAAACAUCACGUUGGGUCUUGAACCAUCAAUGGUCGCUAUGUUUCCUGAAAUCGAAGUCAACUAUGACAUGUACCCUCCCCGCAUGAUUCCAGGUUGCCAUAUUACUAUCAAAACUACUGCUCGUGCCGACAAGGAUGCCAGAAUCCUUCUUAAUGCUUUGGGCGUUCCAUUCAAUGGGAAACUCCUGAAGUAA